AUGGAUCCUGCAACACUGGACCCCAUGCGCCAGUAUGAAAAGUGGGGCGAUCUUGAUCUGGACUCAGAGAAAGACGGCUUCGGCCCAUGCCUGUACAAUGUGGAAGCGAAGAGGAAGUUCAAGGAAAAGCCUGCCUGCGGUGCAGAGACGAUUCUGCAAGUUCUUCAGAAGACCAAGGAAAAGCUUGGUGACGAGAAAGGUGUUGGCUGGCGCAACGUCAUCAACGUCCACCAAGUCGAUGAUGGCAGUGGCGUAAAAAGGGAGAAGAUCGAGCUGGAGAAUAAGUACAACUGGAUGACGUACAACGAACUCUGCGCCCGCACUGAGAAUCUUGCCAAGGGAAUGGUGGCACUAGGUGUCGAGCCGGAAUCCCGUGUGGUGAUCUACGCCGAAACUCAACGUGAUUGGAUGGUCAGUGCGUACGCUGCGUGGCAGCUGAACUGCAAGGUCGUCACAAUCUAUGCCACGCUAGGCGAGGAGGGGGCUUCAUAUGGUAUCAACGAGACCGAAUCUAGCACUGUGGUGGUUGAUGCCAAGCUCCUGAAAGUUCUUCAGAAGAUUCUUCCGAAGUGCAAAUCCAUCAAGCGCGUUCUCACAAUGACUGCCUGCGAUGAAGCAGUUGCAAAGCAGAUGCAGGAAGCGGGCGUGCACGUGGAGACUCUCGAGGAGUGCGUCGAGCGCGGCAGCAAAGAGUCAUGCCAGUUGCAGACAGCCAAGCCGUCCGACAUCGCGAUCAUCAUGUACACGUCUGGCACCACUGGAGCGCCGAAAGGUGUGCUGCUGACCCACGCCAACGUGGUGGCAGUGGUUGCAGGUGUUGAACAUUACUUUAUCGGGAAGUUCGGCCCCGGGGAUGUCUACUUGGCCUACCUCCCGCUGGCACACAUCUUCGAGAUGGCAGCACAGGUUUGCAUGAUGUCCAUGGGCCUCGCAAUCGGCUAUGGGAAUCCGCACACCCUCACGGACAACGGGGUGAAGCUGAAGAAGCCAGAGUCUUCUGGAGACGCUGUUGUUCUGCAGCCGACCUGCAUGGUGUUUGCUCCGGCCGUGCUGGACAAGGUAUUUCAGGCGGUGACCGCGAAGCGUAAUGGGCUUGGCUACGUUGGCCAGACUCUCUUUGACUGGGGCUUGGCGUCUGGAUACAGGCAUUUUGAUCGCGGCCAAGUCGGCGCUAACUUUUUAUUGGACGCGCUGGUCUUCAAGAAGGUGCAAAACUUGAUGGGCGGACGCUUGAAAGGUGUUGUUACGGGAUCGGCUCCGCUCUCUCCAGACAUCCAGAAGUUCAUCCAGACAGUCUUGAAUGCCCCUACACGACAAGGGUAUGGCCUCACCGAGACCUGUGCUGGAAGUUGUGUUCAAUUCUGGGGCGACAGCUCGACAGGCGCAGUGGGUGUUCCCACGGUUUGCACCGUAAUUCGCCUGGCUGACUGGCCAGAGGGGAACUACAUGAACUCGGAUCUCAACAAGCCGGAGAUAGGAAUGCGUCGUGGGGAAGUCCUCAUAGGUGGACCCGCCAUCAGCCAGGGCUAUUUUAUUAGCGAGGCAACGCCCAAUGAAGAGCUUGUGAAGAAGAACAAGGAUGAUUGGGUGGAGAUCGAUGGCGUUCGCUUCUUCAGAACAGGGGAUGUUGGCCAAAUCAAGCCGGACAACACCCUGCAAAUCAUCGAUCGAAAGAAGGAUCUGUGGAAAGGUCCGAAUGGUGAGUACGUCGCUCUGACGAAGGUGGAGGCCGUGUUGAAGCUAUGCGAAUACGUCGACAUGCCGAUGUGCUAUGGCAAGACAGGCGGCAACUACACAAUCGGAUUGCUUUGCCCCCAGAAGCCGGCGAUCGAGCGCUUGGCAAGCGAGCUGGGAGUGUCCGGAAGCUUUGAGGAGAAAUGCCAGAAUGAGCAAGUCGUGGGCAAGGUGUUUGCUGCCUGCAAAGCAAAAUGCAAAGAGUUAAAGCUGCUGGACUUCGAGACGCCACAGAAGAUUGCCCUCAUCUCUGAUCUUUGGACUCCCGAGAAUGACAUGCUGACGGCUGCCAUGAAACUGAAGAGACCACUUAUCGCGGAGAAGCACAAGGAGGAGAUUCAGAAGCUCUACGCCUGA